GCUCCUCCGGCGGGGCGCGGGGCUGCGGCUCCCUCCAGAGGCGGCCGGCGGCGGAGCCACGCGGGGCGUCACCUCCUCCGAGCCGGCGGGUCUGAGGCGGCGGCCGGGCGCGUCCCUCCCCCGCGCUGUGUCCCCUGGGGUCCCAGUGCCGCCCUCCCCCCCCCCGCCCUAAAUCUGUGCCUGCCCCUCCCCCAUCUCCGGCCUGGCCACGCCGCACAGGAGUCCUGGGGGGGGCUCAUAACUACCGCCCCCCCCCGCCCCCAAUUCCUUCUCCGGCGCAGCGAGCGCGGCCAGCCUCUUCCCUCCAUGCUCCCUGGUGAUGCUGCUGCCGCGCCCUCCCUGCGGCUAACAGCGCCCAGCGCCUUCCGCUCCGGGCAGCCAAGAUGUGGCAGAGCGUCGGGCUGACGCUGCUGGUGAUCGUGGCCACGCUGGCCUGUGUGCUCUUGUUCAUGCUGUGCGGUUGGUAUGUGGUGUGGCAACUGUUUUUAUCUAAAUUCAAGUUCCUGAGAGAGUUGAUAGGAGACACAGGAUCCCAGCAGGGGGAUAAUGAGCCUUCAGAGUCUGAAGCUGAACAGGAGACUCCACCCACUCCACAGAGAGGUAGACAGAAAUCAGCACGGCAAAGGAGGACACCAGCAGAAGAAGCAACUUAAAAAGAUGUUCAACUAUGAACAGAUUAAACACUUCUGCUGCACUGUGUGAUUCAACGGUUUGGUUUUACUAAAAACAGUGGGCUGAAAAAAAAAAUAUCUGUGAAUCUUUACUUUUGGAUUUCAGAUAUACACUACUUUAGUAGCGGUUCAGGAAGGGCUUUAAUGGUAAGCCGUCUAGAACUAGAAAAAAGGUAGGGGGAGAAUCUCUCAGCCUGAAAUAGGCUGAGCUGCUGUAGCUCCCACCCUUGCAAAUGGAUGCUGUUUCCUGGUCCAUAGACCUAGCCUUUCCAUUAGUCUGAACAUGGUAAGCAUCUCAGACUUGAAAUGGUUGCGAACUUAUUUUUAUUUCACAGCACUGCAACUAGUUGUAGUAAAAUUUUAUUUUAUUUCUGCAUUUCAUUCAGAUAUAUAUAUAUAUAUAUAUUCUUCAACUUUGUCAAUGCAUGUAAACUUGAAAGACGUUCAAAGGAUAUCCUGCUUGCACGGUAUUCUAAAAUGAGGUUUAGUAACCUUUUCUGUACAUGAGAGAAUCAGUACUAGAUACACGUGAUGUGCAGGUUGUAACUAUCUCCUUAAAGAAAAACAUAAUCAGGUGACCAUAACUGGCUUCUUGGUUUUGACACAAGAAGGGUUACAGGUAAAACUAUUCUGCUAGACUUCUGUGUUUUGUCAUCUGAAUCUCUGACUCCAUUUUCACUGGAGAUGGGGAAGUGCAGCAUGGGUUAAGUGUCUUCACUAUUCAGUAUCCUAAAGUGUCAAGCACAGUUCUAACUCACUUUAAAAUGUAAACAUUUUUACAUCAGGUAUUUGGUACCAGAUUUUUUUUUUCUGGCGCCAUUUAUUAUGAAGAAAUUGUGACCAAUUUGGUGGACACCACUUUAAUAGUAUUGUAGCAAUGUGUUUAGUACCUCAUGUGUGGUGGUGGUGGUGGUUACUGGUUUUAUCAGCAAUUUAGCAUAUUCUCCCAGUUCUUCAGUACCUGAAUUGUACUGCAGGUGAACGUCCUUUUUUUUUUAAAUUUAUUUUUUUGCAUUGUACUUCAAGCAAAAUUAAAUCCCACAUUGCAGCAAUCUAGCAACUUUGUAAACUAGUGUUUGAUGUGUAUCAAACAAGGAAGAAUAGGCAGGUGCUGCCUCUGAAGGGGGAUGUUGGGGGAUGAAGCUACAAAAAGAACAAUGUCUGGGUUUUGGAACAAGUUCAUCUGACUUUCAUAAACUUUGGAUGCAUCUUGUUGACUUGUUUAAUUUCUCCUUAGUUUUCCCUGCAUUCAGAUUCUUCUCUACAGGAAAAUGUCUUAAAAUGACAAACUAUGAAUCCUACAUCUAUGGACAAAUUCUCUUGAACCUCUAGUGACAAUAGCAAUGCUUAGCUCUUUGAUAGAAUAGACUCUUAUGUCUGGGAGAAGAGCACAUUUUUACUGCCUUUAUAUUCUAAUUUAUCUGUGAAUAUUAUUUGAAAGCCAAUGUGUUAGGAUUUGAAGAUGACAGUAUUUACUGAAAUAUACCACAAACAGCUGACAUAAACAUUCUUCCUAAUGUGUCAGUGUUAAAAUAUGUAAUGAAUGUCCUUGACCCUUCCCUGGAAGUUCUAUGUUCUUUCUUUGUUUACCAGCAUGUAUGUAUAAACAUGCUUUAUUACAGGAUUACACUUUCAAGCAUGGUUACACAUCAGUUUGCACAUAUCCUCAAAACACACGUAAAACAUAUUAAUAGUUUUCCCUAUUCUAUACUUCCUACUGGUGAGAAUGGGAACUGGAAAUGGCUAUUGAUUUAAGGUAAUAUCCCCCUUGUACUGUAUUCAAACUGAUCAACAACAUUGUUUCCUCUUCUUGCUUGUUUCAAGUGUUUGCCUUUAGGACAUACUCAACAGUAUAGUCCAUUUGGUGUACAGUAUACCUUCAACCUAACAGUACUAAGCAGAUUUUGGAGCACUUUUCUUAAUCUUUUCAUUAGUAACAUACACUUUGUAAACUCUCAUUAAUUUUAGUCUGCAAAAGGACUAUAAUCUUGAUAUAAAUCAUUCAUACUAUAUGUACAUUUCAGUUUUAACUGAAAUAUAAGUACACAUACAGCAAAAAGCUGGCAUUUCUAAUCUCUCCUGCUGAAAGAGGUAAUGGAAACCCACAGACAGGCUCUAAUUUGAACAGCUGUGAAGAAAUGUGAAAUUACAGCAAUACAGAUAUCCAGCAAAGUAGCGUUCAAAAGUCCUCGUGCCUCAUGCCUUGAGUAAAUUGAUGAGGGAAAC